GAGUCCCCACCUGCCGGACUUCUCUCCACUUCCUCUGCCUCCGCCAUGGCUUUGAGACUGGCCCUCUCGGCUUCUUCCAUUCGCACCCAGAAUUUCAUGCCCUGCUCCACGACACAGCCGGCCGCAUCCCCGCCCUCUGUCGCAGCUCCCGGUCCGAGGACUGACUGCUCGUCCCCGAAGUAUAUUGCGAGUGUGAGUCUCAAUGUGCCGAGUGGCAUCACCAGGAAAGAGAUUCAUGUAGCCAGGUGUAGCGUGGGCGCGGCGGUGGUGGCGGUGGGUCAGGUGACGGAGGUGGGCAAGGAUACUUUCUGGCCCAUCGUCGAGGCUGCCGGUGAAAAGACUGUCGUCCUUGAUAUGUACACCCAAUGGUGCGGUCCUUGCAAGAUCAUGGCGCCGAAGUUCCAAGAACUGUCAGAGAAGUAUCUGGAUGUUGUUUUCCUCAAGCUCGAUUGCAACCAGGAAAACAAGCCAUUGGCGAAGGAGCUCGGGAUAAGAGUGGUUCCGACCUUCAAGAUCCUAAAGGAGGGAAAGAUUGUGAAAGAAGUCACGGGGGCCAAGUUCGAUGAUCUUGUUGCUGCCAUCGAUGCCGUCAGAUCCAGCUGAAAAUGGCUAGCUUUGCCUGCUGUCUGCCGAUGACACUCCUGGAUCCGUGCUCUUAAGUGUCCGUAUCACCGAUGGCAAUUUAACAGCCUCGAGAACAAGAAUUGUUACAUAUGUCCUAUUUGUACCUAUUGAUUGGAUGUUUAUUAUUCUCCUUUACACAAUGAUCCAAAAUUAAGAGCAAGAAAGUGGCAAUGCGAAUGACAAAUUUUAUUA